AUGCUGACGAAGACCAUCUUACUUUUGGCGGUUACAGCUUGCGCGGCUGUACCCUCGAGCAUCGUCCGACCCUGCACUACCAUCUCAUGUGUGGCUCGCACCCUCGCAGCGCAGUCGACCUGCAACCCCAACGUGCAGGGGUUCGUGCCCAGCGCGUAUACGAUCAAGAAGUUCCGAUUCGACACGCCCUACUUCAACUCGACUUAUAUCGACAAUGAUUUGGUCAUCAGGAACCAUGACCAGUGCUUCAUCUCUGAGUUUUAUAUCAACGUGGAAACCAACAUGCUGGUGCUGGGCUUGGACUGCCCAGCGCUGGAGUUCGAGUCCACGCGCACCGUCAUACAGCACAACUCGCUGCAGGAAGAUGUGGUCUUCGAUUACACCUACCAGGGGAUUUACCCACUGAUCCGCCUGACCACCACCAUGUCACUGGAUGAACCACUGGACAUGUGCUGCGCCUUCACGUUCGCGGACGUCACCGCCCUGCCACACUACCGGAUCAAUCCCAACGAUCGUCAAACAGCAGAGUACCUGUCGAAAGAUGAUACCUUCCUAAACAUCUACGAGCGGGAGACGUUCUACUGCCGCGCCAGCCAGCUCCUACACUACUUCGUCAACUCCGUCAUUUGCGACUUCGGCUGCGACUUCUAGACUUCUAUAAUCUACUAGCCGAUGCCCGCGACUUCGCCCGCGAGGAUUUAGGUUUUUCGAAAUCCCGUGGGAACGUUGAUUUUCCAGGAUAAAAAGUAGCCUAUGUGCUAAUCCAGGAUAUUAUCUA